AUGAGUGCAAAUAUCUUCAUCACUGGCGCCUGUGGCUACAUCGGAGGAUCAAUUGUUGCAAGUUUCACCCGCGUCGAGAGCGGGUUACUUCAGGACGCAACGAUUCAUGCAGCAGUUCGCUCGGAAGAGCAGGCCGAGAGCUUGGCCGACUUGAAUGUCACCGUCGUCAGAAUUGACCUGAGUAACCCAUACGCCCUGGCGGGCUACAUGACACGCAAUGAUGUCAGCGUCGUUAUUCACACCGCAACAUCGAUCGAUGGAGACAUCGCGCAUAAUCUGAUCGAAGCGUUGAAACGGCGCCGCGACGCUAAUGGCAAAAAGGCCUACUUUAUUCAUAAGCAGAACUCGGGCCUGUCCGCAUUCGACGAAAGUACCGGCUGGCCGUUCGGACACGUGAAGGAUAUUGAUCCGGUUUAUUUUCUCGAGAAACAAUGUACCGAUACAUACGUGAUGAGAGAGGUUGAUGUACUCGUCGCCGAACAGGCAGAAGCGGCUGGAUUGACAGGAUUGAUAGUAAUGCCUUCAGCUCUAUAUGGAAGAGGGACCGGAACAUGGAAUAAGCGACCAUCUCUGUUUCCAACUCUCAUCAAAGCAGCAAUCGACAAUCGACAAGUGUACAAGUCCACAAGAGAUAUAGAAGUUCUCCUUACCCACAUAUCGGACCUCACUGGAUUCUACACCCUGCUAGUCGAAGCCGUCCUUCAAAAAAGAGCCCUUCCGGCUGGGACAUCUGGGUACUAUUUCACGGUUUCCCACCCAGCCAGAUGGUGGGAAAUACUCGAUCAAUUAGCAAUCGCCCUCCAUGCACGAGGUCUAGUUGAUGAGCCUACUACGAAAAUAUGGCCAAGUGAUACAGUUUCAGGAGCGGCGCUCGAAUUUCCUGCCAACGGUUCUCAACCCAUGUGGGACUCGAGCCCCAAAGUGACUUGUGUGAACAAGGAUCUCGUUGGCUGGAAACCAGCCUGGGAUAGUGAGGCAUUAUUGCAGAGUAUUGACGAAGAGAUUGAAACUUGGUUAGAAUUGGGAAAUCCGACGAAAAGCCCCGUAGAAAAUUCUUGA